CCAAACACGUCAUAUAUAGUCGACGUCCGGCCGCAGCUCGGGCGCCUCAGUUUCCAUCAUCCGCCCUACCUCUGACUUUAAUUUAACGUAUGUGUAUUUUUUUAAAGGAAGUUAAUGACCAGGAAGGUAUAUGAAGACAUAAGUUAUAUUUGAAGACAAAGACUACGAUGGCCUCGCCGUUGAAAGUGUGUAUAGUCGGCUCAGGCAACUGGGGCUCCGCCAUAGCGAGGAUCAUAGGGGGGAACGCCAGGUCCCUGGAGCGCUUCGCCACCACGGUCAAGAUGUGGGUGUUUGAGGAGAACGUCAACGGCAGGAAGCUCUCUGACAUCAUCAACACAGAGCACGAGAACGUCAAGUACCUGCCGGGUUUCAAGCUGCCUGAGAACGUGGUUGCCGUGCCGACACUGAGUGAUGCUGCGGAGGGGGCGGACCUGCUGGUGUUCGUGGUUCCCCACCAGUUCAUCAGGAACCUGUGUGAUCAGUUGGUGGGCUGCGUGUCGGCCAGGGCCGAGGAAUCACACUCAUCAGGUAACCGGCUCAGGACUGGGAUAGACGAGGGUCCUGAUGGGCUGAAGCUGAUCUCUGAUAUCAUCAGGGAGAAGAUGGGCCUCGACGUCAGCGUCCUCAUGGGCGCCAACAUUGCCAACGAGGUGGCGGCCGAGAAGUUCUGCGAGACCACCAUAGGCAGUAAGGUCCUUGAGAAUGGCCUGCUGUUUAAGGAGCUCCUUCAGACGCCCAACUUCCGCAUCACGGUGGUGGACGAUGCAGACACAGUGGAGCUCUGUGGGGCACUGAAGAACAUCGUGGCGGUGGGAGCAGGCAUCUGCGACGGGCUGAGCUGCGGGGACAACACCAAGGCCGCCGUGAUCCGCCUGGGCCUGAUGGAGAUGAUCGCCUUCGCCAAGCUGUUCUCAAAGGACGCGGACGCCGUCUCCUCCGCCACCUUCCUGGAGAGCUGCGGCGUGGCCGACCUCAUCACAACCUGCUACGGUGGCCGCAACCGCCGCGUCGCAGAGGCCUUCGCCAAGACCGGCAAGAGCAUAGAGGAGCUGGAGAAAGAGAUGCUGAACGGGCAGAAGCUCCAGGGGCCGGCCACGUCCACCGAGGUGUACCACAUCCUUCAGCAGAAAGGCCUGGUGGACAAGUUCCCGCUGUUCACGGCCGUGUAUCAGAUCUGCUUCGAGGGAAGGGCCGUGGGGGAGAUGAUCUCCUGCCUGCAGAGCCACCCAGAGCACCUGUAGGGGACCUGAGGCCCCAGGGAGCCCCGCGUGCCACAGUCUGAUUAACAGAUCCAUGGCGGCGGCUCUUUGUACAAAUAACGCAACCCUUAAUUGUAGCACUUGUUACCUCUGUUUUGUAUUUUUUUUUCGGUGACUACGUUCAAUAAGCUUACCUUUCCAGUUAAAAAACGCAAAACAUUCACAUUUCAAUGAUCAAUCAUGAUACAUUGAAGCUAAUGGCGGGAUGAUAUUAACAUUUAGACCAUUUAGUGUUGCAAAAACAUUUGAAAGGUCUUUAUUUUUGUAAGAAAUUUGAUAUAUUUGACUUUCCUCUUACUGAUACGAUACAAAGCAGCUUUAGAGACUAACAACACGACACAGAACCCGUAUGGUGUCCUGUCCACUGCGUCAGGCUGGACAGACUGCACACCUAACACUGCCAAUUUUGUUUACAUGGAGUAACGGUUGCACUUGUGGUAUUAUCAGUAUAAUUACUGGCUUGUAUUCUCUUUUGGGUAGUUUUCCUCAACCAAAGCCAAAAGUGAAAGGCUUUAAUGAAAGUGUUUUGAUACAAGUUAUCAUAUCAAGCCUUCCCAUCCUUGUAUUGUAUCACUUCCUUAUAAAUUCAGAUGGAAACGGAUCGUCUGAGGAUAAUCCCAUAAUAAUGUUAAUAAUGAUAAUCCCAAUACAGGAUCCUAUGUCCGGCUAAAAUGGAGAACGAGGCAUUACUUGGAGACAGGAUAAAAAAAUGUCUUUGAGCAGAUUAACUGCUAUUUAUUUGGUGAUUGACAUUGGUAUGUCAAAUCGCUAUUAGUCUUUAUAAUAUUGAGUAUUGUGUUUUACCAAGUACAUCCCCAUGACUUUAUUCCUUCCUCCUUGUUUACAUCAUUAUUGUCUUGAAGACAAACUGCCCCAAAUCUUGGCGUUCAGGGACGAACGUCGUUCCUUGAGAAUAGGUCCAUCUCAGGCUUAACAGCGCUACCUUGUGGCACAUAUAAGGUUAUGACAUGUGUUGCGUAUAUAGCAAUAUAACUACUCAGCAACACCUGGCUGAACCUCCCACAGUAAUGCUAAAAGUUGCAAUACGGCAACAGCCUUGUAAUCAUUUAGUUAUUGUAUUGACUUAGUGUAAAGAAAGCAACACAUUCUUAUGCUGUGACCAUUUUUCAAACUUAUUUCCUGCUACAGGGUGGCCAUGUGUAGUUAGAAUUAUUGUCUACCAACAACAAUAUGUCCCUGAUCCCUUUCAGUGCUGUAGUGAUGAGGCCAUCCCUUUUGCUCAGUGGAUGUUGAUAUACCAUAGAUUUAGGUCUUUCUUUCUUACGGGUACAUCAUGUUUAGCUACAACUGCCACUCAGGUGACCAUCUUAUUUCCUCCUUCAGCUUUUUAACUUGUGUAAUGGCAAACCACAGAACCUAACAUUAUAUUUGGGCUGUUUUAAAUACGGUUUGUCUUAAAUCAAACCAUUUAAUUUUGGUCCCAAUUUUUUCUGACGGGAUUUAAUCCUCCAAAAAAAAGAAUACGAUAAAUAUUCGUAUAUGGCUUUCAGAUACUGGUCUUGAUACUUAAUUUUAGAUUAUGGGCCGAAUAAAAUAGUGAAAAUCUGGUUGACAAUAGAUAAACGCCCCAUAGUUGACUCACGAAGUAACAGGAUGCUUAAAGCCCAAUCAAACAUGGUGUUCUGAACAAUGCAUUUGACUUUCUACCAUUAUAAUUAAAGCCAAAGUUCAAAGACA